AUGAUGACAAUGAUAACGACAACAGUGAUGCCCGCACUCCAUACUGCCGUAAGAUGUACAUAUCCGCAGACAAGACCAGGAAGGGAUCAAGAUAAAUAUAACAAAGGCCAUUCCCAAACGCCAGCCACAACGAGCACCCCACGCUCUAAAUUCUUGGGCUUAUAA